GAGAUGGGAGGAGUGGGGGAGACAGGGGAAGUGGGAGAGAAUGCUGUUGGCUCUGGUACGUUUUCCAACGUCAAGGGUAAACUAGACAUCCCUCUGAAUGGCAAAACCACCAGAGACACACUGAGAGACUUUUCCAUUGAUGAGCCAGACCUCCCCAAUCACACAGUCACACCCCUGGACUGGAGUAGGAGAGGCACCAACACAAAGACUACUACACUCACUGGCAAGGAUACUUCAUCCUCCCAGCUGUCUAACUCUGUGAACAACUCCAAUGACGUUCUAGGUGGCCCUGACCAGUCUAGGAGGCCUCACAGUAGAGACUCACCUAACCUGCCAUCUCCAGUGAGUGAUGACGACAAGACACCCACCAACACCCCCCAGAACUCCCCCUUCCACCCCCAGAACACACCUCCCACCUCCCCACACCUCCCCACUACUUCCAUGCAGCCUAAACACCAACAGGGUGUAGAUUCAGGCCUGGCUGACCUAAAGAACCCUCCAGUCUCCACACACACAGCCCAGGGUAGGGUCACUACUGACCCUGCUAUCCCAGUCUCACACUCUGGCCUGGGGAGGGAUUCCCUGUCCCUUCCCCUCACCUCCUCCUCCCCCAGCAGCCUACCCCUCCUCCCCACUCUGGCUCGAUGGAACUCAGAGGAGGGGGGAUGGAGUGAUGAGGAUACUGAUGAUGAAGGUACAGAGAAGGACUCAGACUCCACCUACGACUCAGACUCUGCUGAAUCGUCGGUGACCGUCACCAGCGCCAUGAGCCAAUCACAUCGUAGGAGCUUCUCUCUCAGUCUCGCAGAGCUGUGUAACUUCGGAGAGGUGGACUAUGAUCCCCAGUCUUCCUCUGACAGUGAGGAGUGGCCGUCCAGCCGGUCAGCCAGCCUGUCGUCUGACGUGUCGGCAUUGUCCUGUGUGUCUGUCCUGGGCAGUGAUGAGCUGAACCGCCUGCUGGACGACGUAAAGGGCCUGGGGGACACAACGCUGCAGAACUAUGAGGAUGUCCAGGUGGUGGUUCUCCAUAAGGAUGUUGGUGUGGGCCUGGGCUUCACCAUGGCAGGAGGAGUGGACCAGAACAAACCUGUCAUUGUCCAUAAGGUGUUCCCGGCAGGGGUGGCUGCUAAGGAGGGAUCCAUCCAGGAGGGAGACAAGGUCCUGUCAAUCAACGGCACAGCGCUGUGUGGUUCCUCCCACUGGGAGGUGCUGAGGACACUAAGGAGGGCACGGACUCAGGGGAUGGGCGUAGUUGUCUUGAGGAGAGGGGGGGUAACAGACCCCCGUAAGGGAGGAACAGUGACUGAUAGUCCAGGAGGGAUACAGACAGAGCCUGCUAACACUGGUGAGAUGGAUCAGCUGGUUGGAGCUGCAUUACAACUGUGGUCAGAGGGUGUGUGUGAGGCUGGAGAAGCGCAGCAGAGACCUGGGCUUCAGUCUGGAGGGAGGAGUGGGUUCCAGCCUGGGAGACAAACCCCUCACUGUACAGAAACUCUUCCUGGGUGGUCCAGUGAACCAGGUGUCUCCAGGGGACGAGGUGAUGGAGAUCGAGGGUGUGAGCUUGGUGGGCCUGAGGAGGCUGGAGGCCUGGACCUUGAUCAGAACACUGCCCCCUGGGCCUGUGGAUGUGGUACUACACCGUCCUCACAAACCACAGUGACAGGAAUGAACAUUGAUAUGCACCCUCGAUAUGCUUAUAACAAGGCACUGAAGCAUUGUCCUCCUAUGAGGUUGAAGUGAGGGUUGCCAAUCUGAUUUUGGAUAUGUGGUUCGGGUCAACUUCUACCUCAAGUGAGAGGGAUGAUAUGUAUUGCAGCAGUCAUACGAUAACAAAGCACUGAAGAGACCAGUAAACACUGAGGAGAGGGCCUGUCUGUGUAUAGGGUCAACCCAGGGUAUGGAGAGGGAGACAGAGAUCAAUACAGAGGUCAUUUAUUUAAUGUUGUAGAAAUAUGCUGUAUGUUUCUUUAAUACCUAGUCGGCCCAUUGUUUUAUAUGAUGAAAUGUAAGGAGUUUGUAUAUGGCUGUUGUAAUAUAUAUUGUGACUGGAAAGUUAAUAAAUCCUACAAUAACCCCA